AUGGCACAAAAGCAACAAAAGAAGACGAUGAGCACCAAGCUCACGAUGAUUGAGUUAUUACCCCAAUUAGACAUCGUUCCAAAUGCACAUCCUUUGGCACGGAGCGAUGACGGGAAGAUCUCGGCGGGCAUUGCCCAAGGGAUAGGGCCCCAUGUUGCUCCAAAUGUCAGCAUGAAGAAGAGUACAAAUGCAACACUUACCCACCCAGCUGCGGGUGGCUGGACCAUUGCCCGUCAAUUCUACCCACCACGAUGGCAAUGA